AUGAAGACGGACAAAAGUCAGACACUUCUACAACUUCAUCCUCAGGAGCACAACUGGAACUUUUUCAGGUGGAUCUCCCCCCUGCUCAGGAAGGGCUUCACGAAGAAGCUGGAGCUGAGCGACGUCUACAAGGCUCCCUCUUUUGACCUGGCAGACACCCUCUCAGAGAGACUUGAAAGGGAAUGGGACAGAGAGGUGGUGUCAGCCAAGAGGCCCAAGCUCCUGAAAGCACUGGCCAGAUGCUUCUUUGGCCCCUUCGCCUUCUUUGGCAUCCUCCUCUACCUCGGGGAAGCAUCCAAGGCUGUGCAGCCUCAGCUUUCAGGUCGCAUCAUCGCUUCCUUCGACCCUUUCCAUGCUCCCGAACGGAGUCAGGGAUACUACCUGGCCCUGGGCCUCGGCCUCCUCUUCACCGCUCGCUUAAUCCUGUUGCAGCCCGCCAUCUUCGGCCUGCAUCACCUGGGCAUGCAGAUUCGCAUUGCUCUCUUCAGUCUCAUUUACAAGAAGACCCUGAAGCUGUCCAGCCGAGUCUUGGACAAGAUCAGCACCGGUCAGCUCGUCAGCCUGAUGUCCGCCCACCUCAACAAGCUUGAUGAGAGUCUGGGUCUGGCCCACUUCAUCUGGAUCACCCCUCUGCAGUGCAUUCUGUGCACGGGUCUGAUCUGGGAGCUGAUCCAGGUCAACUGUUUCUGUGCUCUGGCAGCUCUCACUCUGCUCGGCAUCGUCCAGGCCUGGCUCUCCAUGAAGAUGGGACCUCACCGGGUGAAGCGAGCCGGGCUGAUCAGCCGCCGUCUGGCUCUGACAUCAGAGAUUGUGGAGAACAUUCAUUCUGUGAAGGCGUACGGCUGGGAGGAGGUGAUGGAGACCAUCAUCAAGAACAUCAGACAGGAUGAAAUGACACUAACUAGAAAGAUUGGCUCUCUGCGGUAUUUCUACAGUGCCUCGUACUUCUUCUCUGCCAUCUUAGUCAUCAUCUCAGCCAUAGUGCCGUAUGCAGUCAGCAAAGGCAUUAUCCUGCGUCGAAUUUUCACCACAGCCUCCUACUGCAUAGUGCUUCGUAUGACGCUUACCCGCCAGCUGCCAGGCUCCAUCCAAAUGUGGUACGACACGCUGGCACUGGUCAAAAAGAUUGAGGAUUUCUUGCUGAAGGAGGAGUACAUGAUGCUGGAUUACAACCUAACCACUGUUGGACUGGAGCUUGUCAACGUGUCUGCAUCCUGGGAUGAGGGGAUAGUGGAGCUCUUUGAGAAGAUCAAGCUGGAGAACAAAAACAACGGACACCUGAAUGGGGACAGCGGACUCUUUUUCACCAACUUGUACGUCACGCCUGUCCUCAGAAACAUCAGCCUGUGCCUGGACAAAGGCACCAUGCUUGCAGUGGCUGGAUCUACUGGCUCAGGAAAGAGUUCUCUGCUCAUGAUGAUCCUGGGAGAGCUGGUGCCAUCAGAGGGUACAGUCAGACACAGCGGGAGGAUCUCUUAUUCAUCACAGACGUCAUGGAUCAUACCAGGGACCAUUCGGGACAACAUCCUGUUUGGUUUGACCUACGAUGAGUACCGCUACACCUCCAUUAUCAAGGCCUGCCAGCUAGAAGAGGACCUCGCCUUACUGCCUGAGAAAGACAAGACGGCUCUCCUUGAAGGAGGCGUGACCCUCAGUGGGGGUCAACGAGCGAGGAUUUGCCUUGCCAGGGCUGUGUAUAAAGAUGCAGAUCUCUACCUGCUCGAUGCACCGUUCACUCACCUGGACAUUGCUACGGAGAAAGAAGUCUUUGAAAAAUGUGUCUGUAAACUCAUGGCCUCCAAGACUCGUGUUGUGGUCACCAGCAAGUUGGAUCAUCUCAAACGAGCUGACAGAAUCCUUCUGCUGCACAACGGAGACUGUUACUUCUACGGCACAUUCUCCGAACUGCAGGCCAAGCGCCCGGACUUCAGCUCCCUGCUGCUUGGAAUUGAGGCCUAUGACAACAUUGCAGCAGAGCGACGCAGCUCUAUACUCACAGAGACUCUUCGCAGGGUUUCAGUGGACGAAACCACUGGGUUUCGUGGUGCAGAACCCAUUCGCCAGUCGUUCCGUCAUGCACCUCCUCAGAACCAUGUAGUGGGUGAUGGCUACCCUGAAAAACGCAAACAGUCGCUAAUCCUGAACCCUCUAGCAGCUGCCCGCAAAUUCUCACUAAUCAGAAACUCUGAACAGGCGAGCAAUUUUCAGUCCACGACCAUAGAAGAUGGGGUUCACGAACUUCCAGAGAGGAGGUUCUCUGUAGUUCCUGAAGACGACCAAGUGGAGGAGAUGCUUCCAAGAAAUAACCUAUACCACCAUGGGUUACAGCAUCUGAACGGGCAGAGGCGCCAGUCCGUCCUGCAGUUCAUCACCAACUCUCAGGGCCACGAGCGCCGGGAGCAGAUGCAGUCGACCUUCAGGAAGAAGCUGUCCAUCACACCUCAGUGUAACCUGGCCUCCGAGCUGGACAUCUAUGCCCGCCGCCUGUCCAAGGACAGCGUGUUUGACAUUACUGAGGAAGUAGAUGAAGAAGACAUGGAGGAAUGUUUUGCAGAUGAGCGGGAGAACAUCUUCCAGACGACCUCGUGGAGUACUUACCUGCGCUACGUGUCCACCAACAGGAGCCUGAUCUACGUCCUAAUAUUCAUCAUGAUCGUCUUCGUCAUCGAGGUUGCUGGUUCAGUCACUGGCAUCUUCCUCAUCACUUCGUGA